CUGCGAACCUUCCCCCCCCUCCUUCCUCAGGUCUCUGGCCCUCCUUUCUGCCGCGAGGAAGAGGAGAAAAGGCAGAGGAGCAGAAGCGAGAGACCCGGGGGUGGGGGGUGAAAUAGAAGGCCUGUGCCCUCAACAAUGAUGGUAGGGACGGCGUCACAUAAGGAGGCGGAAAGAAGCCUGCCCUCCCUCUUUUCCCCUCCACAUGAAGGCGAAGCUAAAAGGAGGGGCGGGGGCGUGACGGACAAAGGCUGCGACGGUCGGAGGUGGAGGCUGCAGGACAGAGCGCCCUGAGGGAUGCCCAAAAAGUUCCAGGGGGAGAACACCAAGUCGGCAGCCGCCCGGGCGAGGAAGGCUGAGGCCAAGGCAGCAGCUGAUGCCAAGAAACAGAAGGAGCUGGAGGAUGCCUUCUGGAAGGACGAGGACAAACACGUCAUGAGGAAAGAGCAGAGGAAGGAGGAGCGGGAGAAGCGCCGGCUGGAGCAAGUGGAGCGCAAGAAGGAGCUCCAGCGCCUCUUGGAAGAGGAGGACGCCAAGCUGAAGGGGAAGAUGCCGAAGCCGGUGCCCCCGGGCAAAGUCACCCGUGCCCAGAUCGACGAGGCUCUACGGAAGGAACAGCAGAAGGAGAAUGGCGAGGCCGGCGAAAAGCAGAAGAGUCACCUUGAAACACCCUUGGAAGAGAACAUCAACCGCAGAGUCCUGGAGGAAGGCGCCAUGGAGGCCAGGACCAUCGAAGAUGCAAUUGCAGUGCUCAGCGUCGCUGACGACCUGGACCGCCACCCCGAGCGCCGGAUGAAAGCUGCCUUCACGGCUUUUGAGGAGGCCAGCCUGCCCCGGCUGAAGCAGGAGAACCCCAACAUGCGCCUCUCCCAGCUGAAGCAGCUCCUCAAGAAAGAGUGGAUGAAGUCCCCCGAGAACCCCAUGAACCAGAGGCACAUGGCGUACAACAGCCAGAAAUGAGACUGGGGAAGCCAGGUGGGGAGGAGGAGAGGCCUUCUCUGCCACCCCACCACCCUCUGCAACCGAACCACCUUCGACAUGAACAGGGCGCCGACGGGAUGGCGACCUCCCUCCCAGCUCCGCUCUUUAAGGAUCAACAAAGGUGCAACUCGUAUAUUUCCCUCCCCUUUUUGCUUUUGUGGACCUCCCCUCCCACCCCGCUGGACUCGCGAGGCUCCCCUCCGCCCCCCCAUCUUAAUUCGGGGCUUCCUGAUCUCCCUGGGGAAGGAGGUCCAAACCGAAACUCGUCCCCGCCUCCCCACAGUUUGACAUGGUGCUGAUUCCACCCCAGAGCCAGAUGGGAUCACCUCUCCCUUCCUCUCUCUCUCUUGUUUGGGAUAACGCCACCAUCAUCACCUGCCCCUCUAUGUAUCUUCUUUUAGCUUAGCAGCGUGUACAUAUGUGGGGGCGCGGGUGUAGCAGAAAGCAGUGCCACGCCCUUGCCUGCCCCCAAACGUGAAGCUCUCUCCUAGACAUCCCCUCUCCCCGCUUGAGGCGGACCUGGUUCUCAUUUUCCAGGGGGCAGGAGAGUGACAGGCCCCUCUCCCUGUCCCUCGUCCUACGCAACAUGCGUUCCCCAUUGCACCCUCCACCUAGAGUCCAAGAAAUCCUCCUUUCCUUGCUGCUGAUGGACCUUGGUGGCCGAAGGCUAAGUAGUGGCUCGAGGACUCUUGUGGGGGGAGGCAUGAGGUUCCCUGUCUUCUGUUUAGGAGCAAAGCAGCAUCCAUUUCACUCCUUUUCAUGCAUUGCUUUUUUUUUUUUGGUAACAUUCUUGCCGUGAAAUCGGUGCACGUCGCUGGGCUUUCUUUUAAUGACGAGGCACCCAAAUUUUUUAAUUUUAAAAUCUGUGGCCAACACAUAACUCUCGUCUACCCUUAGCGCUACCUCGCCCGACAUCCCAUUGCUUGGACAAAUUUGAAAAGACCCACUGCGUGGCGCAACGGUGCCUUUCCAUUCUCGGAGGCUUUUCCGUGACGAGGAACCUCCCCCCCCCUUUCUCUCUCUCCCUCUCUCGGGCUUGGAAGAGGCUUGUGGCUGGUGAAGGCGUAGCCUGGCGAAGGCACAAGCUGACUGAUCGUCAGAUUUUUGUGUUUCUUAUUUUCAUUCUACAGAAGGCGGCUGCCUUUUUGAGUUUCAGACGUGCAACCUUCUUUGCGUGCGGAUGGAUUCUGGACUACCAAUUUGCUACCAUCUGCCUUCCUCUCUCAAAAGAGAAUAUUUUCUCCCGUUUUUAAACCUUAAAUUGUAGCCUGGCCUCUUGCGGGUGUUCCUGUCAUUUUGGUCAUUGCACAAGCUCAAAAGUGAUCCCAUCUGGCCCUAAAGGAAAUUAUGAGCUCCCCACCUCACCUGAGGGCGCCCUGGACUUGUCACUGUUCUCUGCAGAGAAAAAGUUCAGCGUUUUUAAAAAUAAGAUACAUACAUAUCGCCCCAACUUGUAAACCUGCCCUCUGAUAGGAAUAAAGUGUUUGAAUUGUGCCGUCA